AUGGAAGGAGAUUCCACAGGUUAUAAGAGCCCUAAGGAGAGCUCUAGUCACAAAAGGAACAAAAAAGAGCCUGAAAAUCGCAAUAGUAGUUCAAAUGAGGAAAAUAAAGAUAAAAAAGAAGAUAAAGUAGAAGAAGAAUAUUUAAGAGAAUUGGACCUGGCAGUGGAAGCGAGUAAAGGAAGAAAUUUGAACCUGAAAGAUGACCCAAAGUACCUAGAGAGACUGAGAAUAGAAGCGAGAAGAGCGUACUUGGAGCAGAGAGAAUUGGACAGACUGCAGCUGGAGAAGAGAGUGCUCGAGGAGAAGGAAAUACUGUUCGGAAACAAAAGAGUAAGCAGAGAAAAGGGCUUGGAAAGAGACGAGUUCAUACAAAGGGCACUGAAACUGGACAGAGAUAAAGUUAAGUUGGCAGAAGGAGCAAUAGAAUCGAGGCCUACAGAAGCAGCAGUGAUAAGUUAUGAGUUGCCAGACAGCUACGACGAAGAUAACCUGAAGAGGUUGGAGGUGCUCAAAAAGAAACAGCAGGGAAAAGCAAAAGAUAAAGUGGUCAACGAGCAGGAGUUGUGGGAGAAUAAGCUGUAUAAGUACGGAACGAGUAAGUUCGGAGUGACGCAAGCAGAGGAAAAGAGAGAAGGAACAAAGUUAAUAGACGUAGCAAGGAAGGAAGGGAGAGUGUUCAAGGACGAAGUGCUGGGAGACCUGACGGAGUUUAAGGACCUGGUGUCAGAUUCAGUGGAUUUCGUGCUCGAUUCAACGCUGCCGGAGUUGAAGCUGUCAGACGUAUCGCAUAUCACACAGGGCUACGAGGAGGAGCAUGAAGGGAUUAGUUGUUUAUUGAUGGUAUGUGCAGAUGACUCGGAGGAUGGAACCAGUAGCGAAGAUGGCUCGGACAUGGAAAACAGGAAGAAGAAAACGUCGAACAAUUUUCUAAGGCGCCUGAGGAGGUUGGAGAGGAAGCAGCACAAGAUGAUGCUGAUGGAAAGACAAAAGCUACCAAUAUACCUGUAUAGAAACGAGCUGCUGGCAGCGAUUAAGAAGUAUAAGACGGUUAUAGUGGUGGGAGAAACGGGAAGCGGAAAGACGACGCAGAUACCUCAGUACCUGCACGAGGUGGGAUACUCGAAGGCGGGAAUGAUAGGAGUGACGCAGCCGCGCAGAGUAGCAGCAAUGUCAGUGGCGGCGCGAGUGAGCAAGGAGCUGAACGUGAAGCUUGGCUCAAAGGUGGGAUACUCGAUCAGGUUCGAGGACUACACAAGCAGUUCGACGCUGAUAAAGUUCAUGACAGACGGAAUGCUGCUGAGGGAGUUCAUGGGAGACCCGACGCUCUCCAAGUACUGCUGCCUGAUGAUCGACGAGGCGCACGAGAGGACGCUGCACACGGACGUUAUUUUCGGGCUCGUGAAGGACCUGGUGCGCUACAGGAGCGACUUCAGGCUGAUAAUAUCCUCGGCGACGCUGGAGGCGGAGAAGUUCGCGCUCUACUUCGACCACGCGCCGAUCUUCAAAAUACCUGGGAGGAGGUACCCAGUGCAAAUAUACUACACGAAGACGCCAGAGGCAAACUACCUGGACGCAUCAAUAAUCACAGUGCUGCAAAUACACCUGACGCAGCCACUAGGGGACAUACUGGUAUUCCUGCCAGGGCAACAGGAGAUAGAGUACAUACAGGAAGAGUUGACGCAAAGACUUAAGAACAGAAAGGACAUACGGGAGUUGAUAAUAUUGACAAUAUACUCAUCGCUGCCCAGCGAUAUGCAAAGUAAAAUAUUUGAGCCGACGCCAGCAGGAGCAAGAAAGGUGGUGCUGUCGACGAACAUAUCGGAGACCUCGAUAACGCUGGACAACAUAGUGUACGUUAUCGACUCAGGGUUCUGUAAACUGAAUUCAUACUCACCGAAGACAGGGUUGGAUAGCCUGGUGACACUGCCGUGUUCUAAGGCAAACGCGAAUCAGAGGACAGGGCGCGCAGGAAGGAUUAGAGCAGGACACUGCUUCAGACUUUACACAAAGUUCUCGUACGACAAGGAAAUGGACGACAACCACGACCCAGAAAUAACGAGAGUAAACCUGUCCUCAGUAGUACUCUUGCUUAAAUCAAUAGGCAUCGAUGAUCUGCUCAACUUUGAUUUUAUGGAUCCGCCGUCGCCGGAGACGCUGAUAACGUCACUGGAGUUGAUAUACUCACUGGGAGCACUGAACGACAAGGGAGAUUUGACGAAGCUGGGAAAGACGAUGUCGGAGCUGCCGCUGGAUCCAAUGUACGCAAAGACGCUGCUGACGUCAAUAAAGAAUAACUGCUACGAUGAAAUAAUAGUUAUCAUAUCGAUGCUGUCGAUAGGAAAUAACGUGUUCUACGUGCCGAAGGACAGAAAAAUACACGCGGAUAACUGCCACAAAAAUUUUUAUACAGGCAACAGCGAUCACCUAAUGCUGCUGAACGUGUAUAACCAGUGGAAGGAGAGUGAGUUUUCAAUGUCGUGGUGUUACGAAAACUACGUGCAGUACAAGUCGCUGAUACAGUCGCAGAACAUAAUAGAGCAGCUGAAGCAGCUGGUAACGAGACUAAAUCUACUGCCUGCAGAUGGAGCGUCAGGCAGUGAAGCGAAUGGAGUUAAGACCAACGAUGGUGGCAGCAGCAGUAACAGCGCUGAAAUGAACCUGAAGGAGCUGAUGCUGAAGAGCAUAGUCAGCGGCUUCUUCGUCAACGUGGCAAUCAGAAGCAGCCUGAAGAACGAGAAGAACUUCAGAACGAUAAAGACGAAGCAGCUCGUGGAGAUACACCCACAGAGUAGCCUCUUUAACCAGCAGGCGAAGUACGUGGUCUUCAACGACCUGGUCCUCACGACGAAGCAGUUCAUGAGGCAGGUCUCGGAGAUACAGUCGAAGUGGCUAAUGGAGUUGGCGCCGCAUUUUUACCAGAACAUACAGCUGCCGAAGCAGUAA